AUGGGUAAUGUACCAACGAAAGCAGAGCAAAAUGAUCCUUCAUGGAGGAAUAAUAACCCAAACAGUAACGAGGCUAAGAGAACAAGAAAUAGACGUGCUGUGUCUUUAGUUAGUGGUGCAUUUAGGGGUAACAACGGAAGUAGCCAGAGCAACGUAGGCUCACAUAGGAGAAGGACUACGAAGGAGAGAGAACAGGAUAAAGAGGAACGUGCUAAGCAACUAGUUGUCAAAUAUAAUGAGAAUGUAGAUGGAGGGUUUUUAGCACCGUUUGGAGUUUAUGGGUUUGAUAAGUUGGAUUAUGAUGCGAAAAUCGUGAAGACUCUGAUAAAGGAAAGGAAGUUGGCUCCCUUUUAUACUCCAUUACAAGAUUUCGAUGAGUCUUGGACCAAAGAAGAAAUUAUCAAGAUUGUUGAUGGCUUACCUUUACAUUCAUCAUAUGAAGAAAAUUUAGAAGAAUUUGAUGAUGUACCAGUUGGAAAUAUUAAUAGAAGAAAUUUUGAUGAUCUGAUUGAUAGAACAUUAUCCAAGAAGGAUCAACGUAGACAAAGAUCUCAGAUCUUUAGAGCAAGAUUAUACAAGAAAAGAAUAUUAUGGCAAGAAAAAGAAGACGAAUUAUUUCUGGAGAAAAAAUUGGCCUCUAGGAAUCCAGCAAAUGAACCAGAUAAAUUCUUACCAAGUGAUGAUUUGAAAUAUGACCUUUAUAAACAUGGAAGUGAAUGUCCAAUAUGUUUCCUAUAUCUCCCGGGACCAAUGAAUUAUUCUGUUUGUUGUCAACAGCCGAUAUGUACGGAAUGUUUUGUUCAAAUUAGAAGAGCUGAAGCUCAUUUCCCUCAUGAAGAAAUCGAUCCAACCACACAUGCUCCACGGGAAGAAGAAAAGGAUCCAAACCUUUUAACCUCAGAACCAGCUAGUUGUCCAUAUUGUGCCAUUCCUGACUUCAGUAUUUCUUAUAUACCUCCAACUUCUCGUAGAACUGGAUUUGGUGGGAUACCGUCAGGAAUGUUUACCAUCAAACUUGAACCUGAAGCGGAUACCCCUGAGGAAAUGACUCCACGCUCAAGAUCAAAAUCAUUGGAAGGUGCUUCCAUUAUUACCUCAGAUACGAUCCGUCCCGAUUGGGAAUUAAAGCUGAAUAAGGAAAGGGCAAGAUUAGUGAGAAGAUCUACGAACGCGACAGCAAUUCAUAUAAGUAAUAGAUUGGUUAAUUCAGCUCAUAUGACUAGAAGAGAAUCUACUCAAGAUAAUCAUAGCAGCAAUUCCUCAAGGCAUACGCCAGAACCUACAGCAGAUGAGAUUGAAAAUGUGAUGAUGGAGGAGGCAAUUAGAUUAAGUUUAGAAGAUAGCCCUGGAGAUAAGAGACAAAAGAAAAGAUCCCAGACUAUGGUCUAG